CGCCUAAACUAUCAUAAGGAUAAUCGUAUAAUAGUUACGUGCGCCUUGAGAACUAUUGCAAUGUUUAUUCUGCUGUCGGUUUUAUUAAUGUUUGCAUCGGCGAAUCCAAUUAUUGUAGCUCACUUUCAUCGACAAAUCUCAGUACCAAUAACACAUGGAUCCGAAUAUGAACGGAAAUUUUAUCAAUUUGAUCAUGAAAUAGAGCGAGUCGACAAUGAAAAUGAUCAACAAAGCUUUAAUCCUGGACAUAACUCCUACUACAGUACCCAUAAUCAGCAAAAUAGUGCAAUAGUUAAAAAAGAUGAGUCUCGGGAUCAACAUGAUUUUAUUGAACAACAGCAACAUGAUUAUUCAGCUUACACUAAAUUCAAUAGUGAUUCGCAUGAUUAUGGCGAUGAAGCUGAGAGUGAAUAUGACAAGAGUCUUGAACAACAACAUGUUGGUGAACAUCAAUAUGUACAAAGCAUACCAGUCUCAGAACAUGUCGAGGUCACGAAACCCGUUGCUAUUCCAGUUUACAAAGAAAUCGGUGUUCCAGUACUACAUCCAGUAAAGAUCAAUAUACCACAUCCCAUAACGAUAGGUAUACCUCAACCAUAUCCAGUUGCAGUUCCAGUAUCCCAACCAUUGCCAGUUCAAAUCACAAAAACAAUUGCUGUGCCAGUCGAGAAAAAGGUACCUUAUGCAGUGGAAAAACAUAUUCCCAUACCAGUGGAAAAGUUGGUACCCAUCAAGAUUGAGAAGCAUAUCCCAGUACCUGUUUACAAACCCUAUCCGAUUAAGAUCCCCGUGUAUAAGACUAUUUAUCACCACUUGAAGGAAACUUAUAGUCAUUGAUAUGUUUAUAAUUGAGCACAUGACCAUAGUCAACUAAUUUAAAUAUUUAAAU